ACUGUUCCAGUGCCCGAGGGAGAGGUGGGGAGCCUGAGACCAGAGAGUGCCGUGCUAAGCGGGAGCAGAGGACCGACUGGACUGGAGGCUCUUCAGCAGCAUGGAGUCCCCCACGACGUUGCUCGUUUUUCGUGGGGCUGCAGCUAGGUCGGGGGGGUGGGGGUGCGCAGAGUGCGAUCCCCUCUCCCCCCGCCCCGCCGCCGGACUCCGGGUUUGAUACAGAGAGGGGAAUGCUCACCCAGCUGGAGAGUUUGAAUGUUACUUGAUUUCCGUGGGCGGGUAACGUUGCAUUGCUACGGGCUGGAGGCGGGCGUCUGCAGCCGCGUCCCGAGUGGGGAGUGCAGCCCCCGCCCCGCAAAGCCCUGUCGUGCGGGGAUCCAUAGGCUGCAGCUCCCUGUCCCCCUAGAGACGCAGCCCUGUGGGUGCACCGCUCCCCAGCGCGGCUCCUUUAAGUCCCCAUUCGCUCGUCCGCCCUCCAAAGCAUUCCAGGGAGGGGGGGUCACCACGGAAACAACCGAGUGCUCCUGGGACCCAAGUCCCCCUGCCCCGGCCGGGAAGGGGGAGGGAUGUGUCUCCCAGCGUGCACCGCGCGCGCAGCCCCCACCCCCUUGUGGCUCCGGCUCCUGCUCCUCCUCCGGCCAGGCCCGUUCCCCCUUUGCCCGAACAGCCGCAGAGCAGGAGGAGCCGCCCGAGCGUUGGCUGCUCCUAGGCUGCCUCCUCGCACGCAGCCAGCGCGCGCCCACCAGCCCAGCCGCCGCCGCGUCUCGCGCCCCCGUCCGCUCCCGGCGCGAGCCGCUUGGGUGUCGGCUGCUGCUGCAUCUCGCGCCGCGCGCAGGCGUCGCUCGUGCCGGCCGAGGAUGGGUCGCGGGGCGCUGCCCUUGCUGUUGCUGCUGGAGCUGGCCGGGCGCUGCGCCGCCGCCAUGGACGAAUGCGCGGACGAGGCGAGCGGGCGGCCGCAGCGCUGCAUGCCCGAGUUCGUGAACGCCGCCUUCAACGUGACUGUGGUGGCCACCAACACAUGCGGCUCGCCGGCCGAGGAGUACUGCGUGCAGACCGGCGUGACCGGGGUCACCAAGUCCUGCCACCUGUGCGACGCCACCCAGCCCCACCUGCAGCACGGCGCCGCCUUCCUCACCGACUACAACCAGGCCGACACCACCUGGUGGCAGAGCCAGACCAUGCUGGCCGGGGUGCAGUACCCCAGCGCCAUCAACCUCACCCUGCACCUGGGAAAGGCCUUUGACAUCACAUAUGUGCGCCUGAAGUUUCACACCAGCCGGCCUGAGAGCUUUGCCAUCUACAAACGUACCAGGGAAGAUGGGCCGUGGGUGCCUUACCAGUACUACAGUGGCUCCUGUGAGAACACGUAUCAGAAAUUAAACCGAGGCUUUAUCCGGACUGGGGAGGAUGAACAGCAGGCACUCUGCACGGAUGAGUUCAGUGACAUCUCUCCGCUCACAGGUGGCAAUGUGGCUUUUUCAACACUGGAGGGGCGUCCCAGUGCCUACAAUUUUGACAACAGUGCUGUGUUACAGGAAUGGGUGACGGCUACUGACAUCCGAGUGACCCUCAAUCGUCUGAACACCUUUGGAGAUGAAGUUUUCAAUGAUCCAAAAGUUCUCAAGUCCUAUUAUUAUGCAAUUUCUGAUUUUGCUGUGGGUGGCAGGUGCAAGUGCAAUGGCCAUGCAAGUGAGUGUGUGAAGAAUGACUUUGGGAAGCUGUCAUGUAACUGCAAACACAACACUUUUGGGGAAGACUGCGAGAAGUGCCUUCCCUUCUACAAUGACCGGCCAUGGAGAAGAGCAACAGCAGAGAGUGCCAAUGAAUGUUUGUCCUGUAACUGCAAUGGGCGGUCACGGGAGUGUUACUUUGAUGCUGAACUGUACCGCUCCAAGGGCCAUGGUGGUCACUGCAUUGGCUGCUUGGAUAACACUGAUGGUGCCAACUGUGAAAGGUGCCGGGAGAACUUCUAUCGCCUUGGAAGUGAUGAAGGAUGUCUACCGUGUAACUGUAACGCUGUUGGCUCUCUCAGCACUCAGUGUGAUAACUACGGCCGGUGCAGCUGCAAACCAGGUGUGAUGGGAGAUAAAUGUGACCGAUGCCAGCCAGGGUUCCACUCCCUCUCAGAGGCCGGGUGCAGGCUAUGUUCAUGCAAUCCUGCUGGUAGCACAGAUGACUGCAGUAUUGAAACAGGACGAUGUACCUGCAAGGACAACGUGGAGGGAUUCCACUGUGAGAGAUGUAAACCUGGAUUUUUCAAUCUGGAUCCAGCCAAUCUGAGAGGCUGCACCCCUUGCUUCUGUUUUGGUCACUCCUCGGUCUGCACUAAUGCCGUUGGCUACAGUAUCUACAGCAUCAUCUCCAACUUCCAGACUGGGGAGGAAGAGUGGCGUGCUGAACAGCGAGAUGGCUCUGAAAUUUUACUCCAGUGGAGUGUGGAAACCCAAGACAUCUCUGUUAUCUCAGACAGCUAUUUCCCUAUCUAUUUCAUUGCACCUGACAAGUUUUUGGGCAACCAGGUUUUGAGUUAUGCUCAAAAUCUGACCUUCUCCUUUCGGGUGGAUAGGCGGGACACUCGACUCUCUGCAGAGGACCUGGUGCUUGAAGGGGCUGGGCUUAGAGUAUCUGUGCCUCUUAUUGCUCAGGGCAACUCCUAUCCUAGUGAGAACACAGUGAAGUAUGCCUUCAGGCUCCAUGAAGCAACAGAUUACCCGUGGAGGCCUUCUCUUACCCCAUUUGAGUUUCAGAAGCUGCUUUACAACUUGACUUCUAUCAAGAUCCGUGGGACAUACAGUGAGAGAAGUGCUGGAUACCUGGAUGAUGUCACUAUUGUGAGUGCUCGUCCUGAGCCUGGAACCCCUGCAACCUGGGUGGAGAGUUGUACCUGCCCAGCAGGAUACCAUGGGCAAUUCUGCGAGCACUGUGCCCCAGGUUAUAGGAGGGAGACACCUAGCCUUGGGCCAUACAGUCUGUGUGUGCUGUGUACCUGUAAUGGGCACAGUGAGAGCUGUGACCCAGAGACUGGUGCUUGCGACUGCAGAGAUAACACUGCAGGCCUUCACUGUGAGAAGUGCAGUGAUGGGUAUUACGGAGAUGCAACUACAGGCAUUUCCUCAGACUGUCAGCCAUGUCCAUGUCCAGGGGGCUCCAGCUGCGCCGUAGUGCCCAAGACUAAGGAGGUGGUGUGCACCAACUGUCCUGCUGGUACCACAGGUAAAAGAUGUGAGCUGUGUGACGACGGCUAUUUUGGAGAUCCACUUGGUGAAAAUGGCCCUGCCAGGCUUUGCCGUCUCUGCCAGUGCAGUGACAACAUUGAUCCCAAUGCCGUGGGGAACUGUAACCGCUUGACAGGGGAAUGCCUGAAAUGCAUCUACAACACGGCUGGCUUCUACUGUGACCGGUGCAAAGAUGGUUUUUUUGGGAACCCCUUAGCCUCCAACCCUGAGGUUAAAUGCAAGGCGUGCAGUUGUAAUCCUUAUGGAACAGUGAACCAGCAGACAAGCUGCAAUCAAGUAACUGGGCAGUGUGAGUGCCUGCCACGUGUCACCGAGAGGGACUGUAGUGCCUGUGAGCCUGGCUUCUACAACCUACAGAGUGGACGUGGCUGUGACAGGUGCGACUGCCAUCCGCUGGGUUCCACCGAUGGCCAUUGUGACAUACAAACAGGGCAGUGUGAGUGUCAACCAGGCAUCACUGGGCAGCACUGCAAGAGAUGUGAGGUCAACCACUUCGGAUUCGGACCUGAAGGCUGCAAACCAUGUGACUGUGACACCGAGGGCUCUCGCUCCCUACAGUGCAAGGAGGAUGGUCACUGUGAGUGUAAGGAAGGCUUUGUGGGGAGCCGUUGUGACCAGUGUGAAGAGAAUUAUUUCUACAAUCGGUCCUGGCCUGGCUGUCAAGAAUGUCCUGCAUGCUAUAGACUGGUUAGAGAUAAGGUGGCAGAACAACGCGAGAGGUUGCAGGAGCUGGAAAAUCUUAUAGCAAACCUUGGUACUGGAGAUGAAACGGUGACUGAUCAGGCUUUUGAGGACAGACUGAAGGAGGCAGAGAGAGAUGUCAUGGACUUGCUUCAAGACGCACAGAACAGCAAAGAUGUGGAUCAGGGCCUGAUGGAUCGUCUCAAGGAAAUUAACAGCACUCUGGCAAGCCAGCUUGGCCGAUUACAGAACAUCCAAAAUACAGUGAGGGAGACUGAAGGCCUAGCUGAGCAAGCCCGAGAGCGGGUGGAGGGCACAGAGGACCUGAUUGAAGUAGCUUCUAAUAUGCUAGAGAAGGCAAAGAUGGCAGUUGCCAAUGUGUCCAUUACCCCACCAGACUCCAGUGGUGACCCGAACAACAUGACUCUCUUGGCAGAAGAGGCUCGUAAACUGGCUGAACGACACAAACAAGAAGCUGAUGACAUUGUGCGCAUAGCAAAGGCAGCAAAUGAUACAUCCACAGAAGCAUAUACAUUGCUGUUGAAGACACUGGCAGGAGAGAACCAAACUGCAAGUGACAUAGAUGAGCUCAACAGGAAGUAUAAUCAAGCAAAAAACAUUUCACGAGACCUAGAGAAACAGGCUAACAAGGUGCAUGCGGAGGCAGAGGAAGCUGGGAAUAAGGCCUUGCAGAUCUAUGCUAAUCUCACCAGUCUUCCUGCUGUGGACUCCAAGGGGCUAGAGAAUGAGGCAAAUAAGAUCAAGAAGGAAGCAGAGGAGCUGGAUCAGCUCAUUGACAGGAAGUUGAUGGAUUAUGAGGAUUUGAGAGAGGACAUGAAAGGGAAGGAGCUGGAAGUGAAGAAUCUGUUGGAGAAAGGAAGGACUGAACAACAGACUGCCGACCAGCUGCUGGCCCGAGCAGAUGCUGCCAAAGCUCUGGCUGAAGAAGCUGCCAAGAAGGGGAGAGAGACACUAGAGGAGGCCAAUGACAUUCUCAGCAACCUGAGAGAUUUUGACAAGCGUGUGAAUGAUAACAAGACAGCCGCUGAGGAGGCACUGAAGAAGAUUCCUGCCAUUACUCGAACCAUUGCUGAGGCCAAUAAUAAGACAAGGCAAGCAGAGCUGGCUCUUGGUAAUGCUGCUGAGGAUGCCAGAGAAGCCAAGAACAAAGCAGACGAUGCUGAGAAAAUUGCUAAUUCUGUCCAGAAGAAUGCUGCCAGUACAAAGUCUGAGGCCGACAAGACGUUUUCUGAUGUGACAGAGCUAGACAAAGAAGUGGAUGACAUGCUGAAACAGCUGCAAGAUGCAGAGAAGGAGCUGAAGAGGAAGCAGGAGGAUGCUGAUCAGGAUAUGAUGAUGGCAGGCAUGGCUUCACAGGCUGCCCAAGAGGCAGAAGACAAUGCAAGAAAAGCUAAGAACUCUGUUAACAGCUUGCUCACCAUCGUUAAUGACCUUCUGGGACAGCUAGGGCAACUGGACCCAGUGGACUUGAACAAACUGAAUGAGAUCGAGGGUACCCUGAACACGGCCAAAGAUCAGAUGAAAGAUAGUGACCUGGACCGGAAAGUGACUGAAUUGGAGGAUGCAGCCAGGCGGCAGGACGAAGCCAUACAGGCCUACAACAGGGACAUUGAGGAUAUCCUGAAAGACAUUAACAACCUGGAAGACAUCAAGAAGACCUUGCCGUCUGGAUGUUUCAACACCCCGUCCAUUGAGAAACCCUAAGGGUGUGCUAGGGGUGGGAUGGGGAGCAUUCCCCCAGUGACUGGUGGAGCAGUUGUUUGGCUAUGGAGUGCCUUAACACACAGAGUACCUUCUUCAAAUCCCCAGCUCUCCGCUGCUCACAGUUGCUAUCUUCUUUCCAAAUCAGGAAAAGUUGCAAAGUUUUAAAGAGAAGCAAAUUAAAUAACAAUUUCGGGGCAUCAAAGGGGUUUUUUUUUUAUAAAUUUUCUCUUCCUCAACACUCCACCUCUGCCCCUCUCUCAUACACACGUCCCUUUGAUUUGCACAAGGAUGUGAAAUGUUUUGGACUACUCUUACUGUGGUGCAGAAAUGACCACGUGAGACGGUGUACUGUGGGGCAAACUAGCUCUCGUUUUUCUCCUCUUCCCCCUAACACCUUAAAACCUCCUCAGUCCCAGAGUUCGCUGUUUCUAUGAAGGAAAGGGUUGGCUAUCAAAGUAUUAUUACAAUGGCCAGUAUAGCUGCACUCAUAAAGAACACUAAUCCCCUUCCCCAAAUGUUAACUAUUUUAAAAAAAAAAUCUAUGUAAAUUAGUGGCCAAUCAAAAUUUUUGGUAGCCAUCUACCAAAUGGUUUAGCAUCUUUCUAGAGUGCAGUAUAUCCAUCUACUGAGAAAGAUAUACAGCCUCUGAGAAGAGCUUGAGGGAGGAAAGGGAGAAGAAUGGCAUGAUAGGUCUCAACAACAUUACUGUUGGCCUAUAAACUAGAAAUUUUGUCUCAUAUCUGUGAACAGCUGCCUAACCCAAUUCUCCAGGUAGGGAAGCUUGCAAGUGAUCAGCUCGGAUCUCCUCAGUAAUAGUUACUAGGAGUCUCAAAAGAAAACUUCUAGGGUGAGAGAGAGAGAGAGAGAGACAGAUUUUUUUUAAAGCCACUAAGAUCUUUUUGAAGAAGAAAGCAAAGCGCUUUUACCAGUUUGUCUGAAUAUGAAGUUGAUGUCUUCAGGUAGAAAAUGGGUGUCUAAGAUAGAGAUGUAAGGGUCUGUCUCUCCAUCCUCUUGCUAUCAGGGGAUGGUAUUUUUACACUACAGUAUCAGGCUUGCCUUUGUCCAAGUCAAAACUCAUCCUAUCCCUGUUUUCCUGCUGAUCUCCCAGUCUUCCUAAAAUGCUGCAGCACAGAUUGUUCAGGCCUAGCUCUGAUGGCAGAUAUCCAGCACGCACAGUAUUUCACACAGCUGUCACUGCUUGCCUCUUUAGAAUUUCUGUCCAACUCAAUGUCACCUGCUCCCACCUAGUUAAGCUGCCUUGUAGGGUGGGGGGAGGGGUUGCCUUUAACUCCUCCCCCUUGAGUUUUCUCAUUAGAUCAGCCUGACACCACCUGCCUUUGAGAUCCAUAUAUAUCUAUCCUUAAACACUAUGCAACUUUGUACGUUUGCGUAGCGGGGAAGAAAUUAUUAUCUGACACACACUGGUGCUAUUAAUUAUUUCAAAUUGAUAUUUUUGAGUGAAUGUGGGUUUUUUGUCUUGUCUGUUUGUUUUAUCAUGAUUAUAGAGUGAGGAAGUCUAUCUUUUUGUGUGUGUGUAAAUAUACUCGGUCCUAUUUCCAGAAUGGCACGGUCUGUUCUCCUCUACUUGCUUCCUUUUAACCAUCACUACACGUGCACCAUAUAUCUCUUCCAUUUAUUAUUCCUUUGGGGUCAGGCAUCUCCCCUGGCCAGGCUCCUGCUCUCUUCCCUCCUUUGUGUUUGCAGUAUCUCUAUUCUGUGGUAUUAAUAAUAACCCACUUGCCUCUGUAUGCAGCCCAAUGAUGGGGCACCCAGCCUCUCUUCCAGAGCCAGCCUCAGCUCCUCGAAGGACUCUGAGGUGUGUAGCUCAUAAGAAACUGGUUACCAUCUUUGUUUCUGACUAAUGAAAGUGAGAUGCUGAUUUCUGAUGGUUGUGGCUUUGCUCCUGGGAGUUGUAGCACUAUUAUAGGCCCAGUAGAGGUCUAAAUGCUGAAUCUGUAGCCUUCCUACACGUGCAAGAAAUGAGAGCUCAGUUUGGGGCUCUGUACAGCAUCAGGGACAGAGCUACUGGGCAGGGGAGAGUGGUUCCAGCCUGCCCUCAUGUCUCCUGCUUCUUUCCCAGAGCUUGUUACAAUUUACCAAAAACUGACUUGGAAUUCCCCUGCCUGUGAAUGCUCCUAAUCCCACCAGUGGAGGAGAGCUGCCUUCGCCCGUCGCACUUCUGGGACUUUCAUAUCAGUAUUUCCUGGCUGGCUGCUCUGGUCCUGUGGGUGCCUCCUAACCAUGUCACCUCUGCCAAGGCUGUGGAAAGAGCAGAUACAAAGAGGCAACACCAUGCCCUGGCUGACCUCAGGCCUAAGAUUUCUGGCUUUUCACUUUUUCUUAAGCUGUUUUUAACAGAUUUUUAUUUUUUAAAAAAGGAUCUUUAUAAGCAAUCUCUUAAUACACUACUGCCGUACAGCCCCAUUAUCUCAUUGUAUAGGUCCAGUUAUUUCUUUGCAUAAUGUGAUGACAAGAAGGCUGCUGGUAGAAUGCUGGUUGUCACAGGGAACACACAACAGUUCCCUCAUUUUAUUCUUGCCUGUGGUCUCCUCCAUAUGUGCCUUCACUUCAGCUUUUGCCUUAAUCUGUGGUCUUGCUGUCUGGGGCGGUGAACAAAAUGCAACACUUUCAGUUUUUUUUAUGUAUAAAACAGUAUUUCUUAUUUAUAAUAAAGUCUGAAUAUUUGUAACCCCUUA